CUGAAUAAUAAUGCAUAAUCGGCGCUAAUUAAAACAAACUGUUUAUAUAAUUCAUAUUAUAUAUAAAAGCUGCGCCAUACGGUCAGCGUCAAGCUUUCAAUAUGUGCGACUAUAAAAAAGUUUUACUUGCUGCACUGCUCUUGGCUGUAUGCCAGUGCUUUAAUUUACCCAACGAUUUAAUUGCCAAAUGCACUACUCAACAAAAUAUAACGAGCGAUAACUUUCGCCACAAACUGUAUGAUGCUCAGGCUGGAACUCCCUUGGUAAACAUUUCCCUUAACUAUAUGUGCUAUGUGCUCUGUGCCGCGCAGGGCCUGAACAUUCUGGACGCCAAUGCGCAUGUUGAUGUGGAUUUGUUGAGCGAAGUGGAAUACAUGAGUCCCUCCAACUAUGACGCUGCUGUCCAGUGUAAUCUCGGGCUGCAGCAAGAGCACGACACGUGUGUUUAUGCAUUCAAAAUGCUGCUGUGCUUGAUAAAAAAUCUAAAUACAGCGGAGUUUUUAAAUACUUCAGAGAAGAAAUUAUAAGCAUGCAGCGUGUCCUGUAAUAAAAUGCAAAAGCUCGGGCACAGCCGGCAGAAGAA